CCUAGACCCUCCGAGGUAUCGCACGGCUCACGGGCCGCAGACCGGGGCUCCCAAUUCCGGGAUGAAGUUACGGUUUACGGGAUUUAAGGCAAAGUAAUCCCCCCGGCCGUUUCCCUGUCUCUGGAACGUCGUCUCGGGGAUAACCCGCCAUCACGGUCAUGGGACGGACGCAGAGACCCCCGGCAGGAGAGCACAGACACUGCGAGAAAUGCUUCAACAAACGCUGCCAAGCGCCUGUAAACACCGGCAUCUCCUGCCCGAUGACUACGUGCCGGUUGCACUGCGACGCCACCUUCCACAUGUGCAAAGAGGAAGAGCACCGUCUAUUGUGCCCCCUCGAGUGGGUUCCCUGCCUCAACUCGGUUUUCGGAUGCCCCUUCUCUAUGAGUCGCUUCAAGCUGGCGAAGCACCUGAAGGUCUGCCCGGCUAGCGUGGUCUGCUGCUCCAUGGACUGGAAUCGCUGGCCGGUUAUCGACAGGGAAGGGAAGCUUUUUGAAAACCUGAUGAAGGACAGGAAGGAGGAGGAGAGUCUGGACGUGGCCCUCGCCCUCAGGGAUCAGAGCGCCCUCUUCGGAUCGCUCAAAAUGGCGGAACUUUUCCCAGAGCUUUCAGAAGACCCCAGAAAUACCAUAAGCCUUCGACAAGCUGAUGAAGACAUGGAAGAAGUUGGCGCUGUGGGGGGAACGGAUCUGAACGACCCCCACGGUAUGGUGAGUGAAAAAGCUGGGCUCAGUCAAUACGAACGCGAGGCUUUGGCAAGAAGCAAAGCCGACGUGGACACGUCCAAAUUCUCCGACUGGGAACGCAUGUUUAGUAAGGAAAAGUCAACAGCCAAGUAUUUGGAGUCCAACGCUGGUCAAAACGAUCCAAAAAACCAAAACGCGAGCAAAGACGCGACCCCCGACGACGUGAAAAAUAAAUCGCAAGACCAAAAGCAGAGUGUUCUAGAUUUGGAGAAAACUGGUUUUGCCCCGUGGCAGGAGGGAGUGCUGGAAAGGCUGAAAUCGGAAGUGGAUUGCGGAAGCUACAAUAUGUACCUGGUCCAUCAUGGCAGCAUGCUGAUCCGAUUCGGCCAGAUGGCAGCCUGCACGCCCAGAGAGAAGGACUUUGUUUACGGCAAGUUGGAGGCGCAGGUGGUGAAGACGGUGCACACCUUCAAAGUGCCGGUGAGCUACUGCGGUAGAAGAGCCAAGCUCGGGGAUGACCGCAGUAAAGUAGAGAAGGCCCAGAAAUUAGUAGAUACCUCUGACCUAGGAGUAGAUCAGAAAGACUUGCCUCUGUCAGAUACGGUCUACACCACCUUGCUUGGUGCCCUGGAGAAAGAGCUGAGGGGACAUAGCAUCUCUGAGACCAAGGCUCUCGAUGGGCUCCUUAUUGACGUUGGGACACAGACUUAUGAUUUUGGCAUGGACGCCUUCUCAAACAAGACGGUUUUAGCCGAUGUUCUUGGUGAAGGAACGUUAGGACUUCACCUGGACAUAGAGAGCGAGUGUGUAACCAGAAGACACAACAAGAACAACUCCAGCUUCACAUUCUCCUGCAACCUUUUCUUCAGACGGGAUGAGUUUCCAUUCCAUUUUAAGAAUGCCCACGCGGACAUCCAGUCGUGCCUCGAUGGCUGGUUCCAACAGCGUUGCCCACUUGCUUACUUGGGUUGCACUUUUGUACAAAACAGGUUCCAACCCGAAAUGCAAAAGUCUCAAGUUAUCUACAGCAAAGACCUUAAGACCUUUGCCCUGAAGCCACAAGUGGCCAGUUCGUUAUAUGAAGGCGUGAGGCCAAACCUUUCGAGAAGUCAUCGGGGGAAGAGCAAGGAUUCCUUGACAGCUCUUCCACUGGAGGUCCUUCAACACAUUGCGGGAUUCCUGGACAGUUUCAGUCUGUAUCAGCUCUCCCAAGUAUCUGUCUUGUUGAGAGACAUCUGUGCCACGUUACUACAGGAGAGGGGGAUGGUUCAUUUAUACUGGGAAAAGAAGACCUAUUCGCAUGGUGGGACAUCGUGGAGAGCUAGGAGAAAGGUGUGGAGUUUCAGCAGCUUAUUCUCCCCCGUCCAUCGCUGGCAGUUCGAUGACAUCCCCUCUAUGUCCGAGCACCUUAAGAUUUGUCCGUUCAACGCCAAGGAACUUAAAAAACAGAAAUUCCAGCUUCCCAGCGUAUUCGAGACGCAGAAGGAGAACAAGGAAACUUUACUCUCCCUCCGAAAGAAGCUAUGACCGUAAAACGUGGCGUGAAAGGGUUAAAGAAAUAAUAAUUAUGGAUACGGGUAGAACGGGGUAAACGCCGAGGGACUUUUGAAGUCUUUAAGAUGCUUCCAGCGUUAGGCUUUUAAAUUAUUUUUCCAAAGAUCCAAUCGCAGCGACUCGCUAAUAACGUCCUUAUGGAAUCCAUGGCUUGUCAGGGGGUAAAAGGUAUUCUGAAUGAAGUCACCUGUGUUUAAGCAGGGGUUCCAGCUGUUAAAUAUGCGCCGAUAUUAAAUCCAAGGAGAAUAUUAAAGGUG